AUGUUACAUUUCAUUGUUUUCUUUCUAUUCAUUGUUAUUUUUAACAAUGUCUAUUUUGUCGUUGGUUGGGAUCCAUCCAAUUUUACUUUCAAUCCUGGUCAAGAUUACGAACUCGUUUUUCAAGAUGAUUUCGAAAAUGUUGGUCCAGUGAAAGCUUUUAUCAAUGGGAAACCUGCUUAUGCACCGAAUCCCAAAAACUGGGCUCCAAUUGUUGGCAUGCACAUUGAUGGAGGUUUACAAAAUUUCACUAAUUCAAUCUUUAAUGCAUAUGUGCAAGACGGUAAAUUCACUCUUGUCGCAUUAAAAGAAGGAUUAACAUCAGGUAUGUAUGCAAGUAAAAACCUACAGGAAUUCACUUUUGGAAUAUGGGCUGCAAAAAUUCAAUUACCCUAUGGUAAAGGAAUUUGGCCAGCAUGGUGGUUAUUGGGCAAUGCAGAUAAAUAUAAAUUAAAAUGGCCAACAUGCGGUGAAAAUGAUAUUUUAGAAAUGGUAGGNUAUGCAAAUAAAUAUAAAUUAGGAUGGCCAACAUGUGGUGAAAAUGAUAUUUUAGAAAUGGUAGGAGGAAAUAAUGUAAGUGUAAAUCUUACUGAUCAAUAUGCACAUGGAACCGUUCAUUGGAAUAAUCAAUCUAAUAUGAUGAAACCUGUUUUUAACAAACAAAUUCAUCAACAAUGGAAAACACCUGAUGAUUCAAUGCUUCACAAUCAUAGUCUGGUGUAUUGGACUGAAUGGACAUCAGAACAAAUUACAAUUGGUGUUAAUGAAUUUAUUUAUUCGCGAAUUAAUACGACCAAUCUGCCUGAAUCUAUCAAUCCCGUCUGGGCGUUUAGUGGAAAAUGGCCAUUUUAUAUGAUAAUUAACAUCGGAAUUGGUGGAGAAUGGCCUGGACCACCUGAUAACACUACUGUUUGGCCACAGUUAAUGGUGACUGAUUGGAUACGAGUGUAUCAAAAGAAAAUUGAGUAA